CUCAGCCCUUGUCCUUCAAUCAAUCGUUACCGUUCAUGUUUUGUUCGUUUCGCUUGUGUUGUGUUUUGUUAUGUUAGUAAACAAGUCAAGUCAAUUCCCUUUUCUUUUACACAGUGAGUAGGUUUAAUUCUUUGACUAUUAAUAGUCAAUGGUUUAAUUGCAACAGAAAAAAGUUGACAAGAAGAAUUGCAGUAAUACAAUUCAAACGAUCAUAGUUUAUUCAGUUUUUGUUGUUGUAACAGCAGAGAAAUUUUCGCACCAUUGUUUUCAGGUUAGGCAAAAUAUUUGAAGAGAAAAAGGAUCUUCAAUUAAUUCAUGUCACAAGAAAAAUAAUUUACAAAUUUAGAUAUAACAGCAGCUAAACAGAUAAUUUUUUUACCACGCAAAAAGUACUAAUUACAGUAAGUAAUUAACUAUGUUAAACUUGAAUUUAAAUUAUAAUUAACAUUGAUAUAGCUGAUUCAAUAUUGUUUGGAAACAAAAUGGAAAAUAAGCCACCAUUUCUUAAGGAGGCUUAUUUAACAUGAUGGAACAUAAAGUCAAGACAAAAAACGAAAUGACUUGAGUAAGCAUGUGGUGUGAUAUUUAAUACAUCGAAAAUAGCAUACAAAGCCAACUGAAUAGUUCCAAUUAGUUACUAGCUCGCCUGGUGUUAGAAAUCAGAAAUAUAAAACAAAAAAUGAUUAAUAUCACUAAAAAGCCUCUCCUUAACUGUCCAAUAUGUAGAAAAAUGUUUUCAAAUUUAUGGAAUAUGAAGUAUCAUAUAUAUUUACACACAGGUGAGCGUCCCUUUAGAUGUUUGACAUGUGAGAAAACAUUUACUAUACAAUUUCAGGUAAAAAAUCAUUUGUUUACACAUUCUGAGAAGUAUCCUUACAAGUGCACUACUUGUGGAAAAUCCUUCAAAAGAAAGACAAAUAUGAAGCAACAUACAUUGGUUCACACAGGAGAGCGACCUUACAAGUGCAUUACUUGUGGAAAAUCCUUUAAAACCAGUAGGCUUAUGAAAAGACAUACAUUGGCUCACACAGGAGAGCGACCUUACAAGUGCAUUACUUGUGGAAAAUCCUUCAAAACAAACAGCGAUAUGAAGAUUCAUACAUUGGUUCACACGGGAGAGCGACUUCAUAAGUGCAUUACUUGUGGAAAAUCCUUCAAAACCAGCAGCGAUAUGAAGAGACAUACAUUGGUUCACACAGGAGAGCGACCUUACAAGUGCAUAACUUGUGGAAAAUCCUUCAAAACCAGCAGCGAGAUGAAGAGACAUACAUUGGUACACACAGGAGAGCGACCUUACAAGUGCAUUACUUGUGGAAAAUCCUUCAAAACCAGCAGCGGGUUGAAGCAACAUACAUUUUUUCACAAAAGAGAGCGACCUCAUAAAUGCAUUACAUGUGAAAAAUCCUUCAAAACCGAGCAAGAAGUUAAGGUUCAUACAUUGGUUCACACGGUAGAGCGACCUUAUAAGUGUACUACAUGUGGAAAAUCCUUUAAAAGCAAAAGAACUAUAAGGCAACAUACAUUGGUUCACACAGGAGAGCAGCGACCUCAUAAGUGCACUAUAUGUGAAAAAUCCUUCCAAACCAGCAGCCGUAUGAAGAGACAUACAUUGGUUCACACAGGGGAGCGACCUCAUAAGUGCUCUACAUGUGGAAAAUCCUUCAAAACCAGCUGGUAUAUGAAGAGCCAUACAUUAUUUCAUACUGAAAAAACCUCAUGAGCGCACUUCAUCUGGAAGAUACAUCAGAAAUAGUUGCAAUAAGAUGUUUCAUACAUUAAUACUAGGAUAGGAAAAAGAUUUGAAGAGAAAAAGAACCUUCAAUUCAUGUCACAAGAAAGAUUAUUUACAAAAUCAGUUGUAAUACUUUAAACAGCAGCAAAACAGAUUAAUCUUUUACUACACAAAAAGUACUCAUUGCAAAUACGCAAAGUGUUGCGUAUUGAAGAGAAAAAGAAAAAAUAAGAAGAAAUAUGAAGAAAAAUAAGAAAAUAUGAAGAGAAAAAAAACGUUGUUGAAGAGAAAAAGGAACUUCAAUUCAUUUCACAAGAAAGAUCAUUUACAGAAUCAGGAGUAAUACUUUAAACAGCAGCUACAUAUAUUUAGUUUUUACCACACAAAAAGUACUAGGCCUACUGUAAUUAAAGUAGGUAAUUCACUAUGUAAAACUUGAAUUUAAUUUGUAAUUUAUAUAGCUAAUUAGAUAUUGUUUGAAAACAAAAUGGAAAAUAAGCCACAAUUUCUUAAGUAGGCUUAUUUAACAUGAUGGAACAUAAAGUCAAGACAAAAAAACAAAAUGCCUCGAGUAAGCUAUGUGGUAUGAUAUUUAAAACAUCAAAAAUAUACAUACAAUGUCAACUGAAUAAUUUCAAUUAGUUACUAGCUCGCCCAAUGUUAGAAAUCAGAAAUAUAAAUAUUUAAAAAAUGUUUAAUAUCACUAAAAAGCCUCUCCUUAACUGUCCAAUAUGCAGAAAAAUGUUUUCAACUCUUUCGUUUAUGAAGUAUCAUAUAUAUUUACACACAGGUGAGCGUCCCUUUAGAUGUUUGACAUGUGAGAAAACAUUUAUUAGAAAAUCUCAGGUAAAAAAUCAUAUGUUAAUACAUUCUGGGAAGUAUCCUUACAAGUGCAUUACUUGUGGAAAAUCCUUCAAAACCAGGAGCGAGAUGAAGAUUCAUACAUUGGUUCACACAGGAGAGCGACCUCAUAAGUGCACUACAUGUGGAAAAUCCUACAAAACCAGGAACGAGAUGAAGAUUCAUACAUUGGUUCACACAGGAGAGCGACCUCAUAAGUGCAAUAUAUGUGGAAAAUCCUUCCAAACCAGCAGAAAUAUUAAGAUUCAUACAUUGGUUCACACAGGAGAGCGACCUCAUAAGUGCACUACAUGUGGAAAAUCCUACAAAACCAGGAACGAGAUGAAGAUUCAUACAUUGGUUCACACAGGAGAGCGACCUCAUAAGUGCAAUAUAUGUGGAAAAUCCUUCCAAACCAGCAGAAAUAUUAAGAGACAUACAUUGGUUCACACAGGAGAGCAACCUCAUAAGUGCAUUACAUGUGGAAAAUCCUUCAAAACCAGGAGAGAGAUGAGGAUUCAUACAUUGGUUCACACAGGAGAGGGACCUCAUAAGUGCAAUAUAUGUGGAAAAUCCUUCCAAACCAGCAGAAAUAUGAAGAGACAUACUUUGGUUCACAUGGGAGAGCGACCUCAUAAGUGCACUAUAUGUGGAAAAUGCUUCAAAAUCAGUAGCCAUUUGAAGAAACAUACAUUGGUUCACACGAGAGAGCGACCUUAUAAGUGCAUUACUUGUGGAAAAUCCCUCAAAACCAGCAGCGGUAUGAAGAUUCAUACAUUGGUCCACACGGGAGAGCGACCUUAUAAGUGCAUUACUUGUGGAAAAUCCUUCAAAACCAGCAGCGAUAUGAAGAGACAUACAUUGGUUCACAUGGGAGAGCGACCUCAUAAGUGCACUAUAUGUGGAAAAUGCUUCAAAAUCAGUAGCCAUUUGAAGAAACAUACAUUGGUUCACACGAGAGAGUGACCUCAUAAGUGCAUUACUUGUGGAAAAUCCUCUAAAACCAAGCAUAAGUGAAGGUUUAUACAAUGGUUCACACAGGAGAGCGACCUCAUAAGUGCACUAUACAUGGAAAAUGUGUCCAAACCAGCAGCAAUGCAACAUACAUAGGUUCACACCAAAGAGAGCCCUUAUAAGUGUAAUAUUUGUGAAAAUUCCUUACGAUUCAGAGGCAGUGUGAAGAGACAUACAUUAAUUCACACCGAGGGGACCUCAUGAGCGCACCAUAUCUGGAAGAUCCAUCACAAAUAGCUGCAAUAUUAAGAUAUUUCAUACAUUAAUUCAUUUGUAGUAGCAUAGUAGUCAUUAGUAGUAGAAAUUAUUAGAAGUACCAUAUUUGUACAUAACAAGUGUCAGUCCAGAACUUUUGAUGUUGGUAGGUUUUGCAUGGAAUUGAUUUUCUGCAUUUAUUGAUGAAUUAAAAUUAAUCAUAUUAUCUUUGUACCACUCUUCUAAUGGAAAUUCCAAUGAGUUUUUAAUGGUCAUGGAAGAGCUUUUACAUUUCAUAUCUAACUGGACUAGCUAUAAUAUAGUGAUGGGUGGGAAUUUCAAUAACAAAUUCAACAUUCAAAAUAAAUCUAAAACUGUUACAGAAUUACUUAACCUCUGAAAGCAAUACAAUUUUAUCAUAUAAAUGAUAAACCAACAAGAGGGGACAAAUGUCUUGACGAUGUUUUUCUUUGUAAAAAAAGGGUCACAAUUUGUUUUAACAGUAGCUUUGGUUUUCCCUACUCUGAUCAUAGUGGAGUAGUUAUUAAUUUGUGUCCACCAAGGAAAACAAAAGACAGAAUAUGUUACACAGACUAAGUUCAGAUUAUGCUUUUUGAUAGCUUGUUUAAAAUUUUGAUUGCCAUGUAAUUUGGACUAUUGCACACACUUGUUGUAGGCAAAAAUAUGGUGUUUACUGUCCGAUGCUCCAUGGCUAAUAAAACGGCAUGAUAUACAGCAUUAAAUGACACCCCUCCCUACUCACAACAAUAACUGCAAUAACUAUUGUGUACAUACUAUCAGCUUAAUAAUUGUUCGAUUCGUUGGUCAUUCUGUAUAACGCUUAGUUGUUUAUAGGGCAUUUAUUUAUUAAUAAAAUAUUCUUUAGGCUUUUUUAUGUAGCCCACAUAUUAUUCAUUUAUUUAUUUCAUGUCAUUACAUCAUUUGACAGGACAUAGUGUCAUAUACAGGAUAACUAAAACUAAGAAUAACAAAAAUUUCUUGUUAACUUAUUGAUAUAACUUAACGUCCCUAUUUAAAUAACAUUCUAUAGAUUUUUUUUGUAACCAGGUCUUCAGGGUGGAUCUGAACUCUGUACUACUAUCAAUAUUCUUUAUGUGGAGCGGUAACUUAUUGUAAACUUUUGGGCCUAUAUAUUGGGGAGAUAAAUUAAAUUUCUUUAAUCUAUGGGUUUCAGGCUUAAUAUAACUCUUAAGUCAAGUGUGAUGGGAAUGAAAGGGUUGGGUCAUGAAUAAGGACAGAUUGUCUUGAACCCAAUUUUAAAUUUCUCAAACAUAGUGAUUAUAAAAUGUUAAAACAGAAAAUGUUUGAAAAAUAUUUUUACAUGGAGUUUUACAACAGAACACUUUAAUAAAUUGUCAAGGUACUUUCCAGAGCUAUUAUCUUAUUAUUGUGUAUUGCCUUGAUCUAGAAAACCCACUCGAGCUUUUGUUAAUUGUUCAAUUUUAUGUACAUUUUUAUAAUCAUAAAUGUUCUUUUUU